GUUGGACAUGGUGCUUGACAGAGUAUUCGUGUUUUUGUGAGCCGGGCGAGGACAUUUCAGCAUUUUUCCGACCGAUCGAAGAGAUGGGACAAGAGGAAAGCCGCAGUGAGGAAAUGGAUUUGGCACAGAUUCAGGAGCUGUGUAUUAUUUUCAUGAAAGAAUGUCCGAGCGGUGCUCUGCAUUUACACGAGUUCAAACGGAUCUUCGGCGUUCCCAGCACGUCUGCAGAGGAAUCUCUCUUCAUUGAAACCAUAUUCCACUCCUUUGACACAAACCAGGACAACGCUCUGGACUUCCUGGAGUAUGUUGCGGCACUUCAUCUCAUCCUGCGAGGAAACCUUGAAGACCGCCUGAAGUGGUCUUUCAAGAUGUACGACACGGACAGAAAUGGAAAGUUAGACAGGAAAGAGGUGAAACGCAUCAUCAGGAUUCUCUAUAAAAUCAAGCUCCAAAAACACGAUCUGACUUUGACGCCGUCUGAAAUCUGUGACAGAAUCUUUGACCUGGUUGACCAGAAUAAUGAUGGUCAGAUAACCUUGUCGGAGUUCAUGGAGGGCGCUCAGAAGGACGAAUGGGUCAUGAACAUUUUCAAGUUGGACGUCAACGCCUCCAGCUGGGUCAUCCACAAUUGUGGCAAAUGAUCCAAGUAACGGUUGAACUGAUGGAACAAAGGAGUACAAACAGACACAUACGCUGCCUGUGUAUUUUUUGUUUCCAUGUUGAGCUUCUUUUUUGACAUUUGAAGGGCGGUGAACCUUCUGACAAGCUCUGUCUUGCGACCGAUUGAGGGUCUGAAACUUUGGUAUAUUCCGCUGGCAAGGAGCUCAGGAAAACUGAUAUUGGAGGGGGUUUGUUGUUGAGUGCUGACCGAUUAUUGUUAUUGGAGAUAUGAUUAUGCUAACAGGUGUAACUACUACCUCCUUGUUAAUAGUAAUGCUACGUUGAUGAUUUCAUUUUGUGAUUAUUUUUAAUUUUAUGUUUGAGUUAAUACUGCGUUGUUACAAUUUACUGUGUCAUCUUUUUAUUAAUUUUUUUUUUGUUUUGUCUUACAUACCUUACAAAAGCGUUUAAAGAGGUCUGUUCUUCAAAAUGUUCAAGUGUGGAAUCCCUUGUCAUUCAUUUAAUUUGUGUGUUUUAGCGCCCUCGAAUGGUCGCGUCGGGUAUUGCAAUGUCUGUUUUGAACAAAACUUUAUUCAAACGAUUCUCCAUUAAUUCAUUUCACAACUUCAUGGUGUCAGUUUGAAGAAAAAUGCUGCAAACACCUUUUGUUUAAGGUUGUCUCGCCAAUAUAUACUGAAAUGUUGCGCAAGAUAUCUGCAAAAUACUAUUUGACUUUAAAAAUUAGUAUUUUGAUAUGUAAAUACCGGUGAUUUGCCAAAUCGUCCAAUAUGGCGUCUGAAGGAUAAAGGUCGUAUUGUAUGGACAUGUUUCAUGGUUUAUAUACUAGAAAUGCAUUCUAUAUGUGGAUAUUUUGCUUUACAUAUCCAUGUUUUGAAUUUCUUAUUUUCUGUUUCACUCUUCUGAAUGUCAUUAAACGUGUUGCAGUGGUUCCAAAAUCACAAAA